AUCAAUAUGGAGUUAGCUAAAAUCCCUACUAUUAUUGGGAAUAAAGAAAUGGUUUCAAUAGAGAGAAAGCUCAGUGCACUCAGUUGUUGUUUUUAUUGGCUUUAAUGACUGAUGACAAAUUAUUAGCAAAUGAAAAUAAUUCUCUACACUAUUUGGUAGUGAAGGUAAAGGUAGCUGCAAAAUGACCAAAGUAAUGUAGGGAAGUAUUUUGCGAUUUCUCCUGCUUUUGGAAACCAGUGAUGCCAUUCUUUGCACAGUCAAAAAAAAGGAAAUAAAUUGUGUACCAUGGUACUGUUUCACCCGGGCUGCUGUUUGUUCACAGGAUUGUUAAUUUUAAUCCACUACCAUGCUGCUCACAUACGGUUCUAAGAGUAGUAGGAGUAUCAAAGAAUAGUGGUUUGAGAUCUUGUCAGAGAUUGGGUAGAUUGUUAUAUAGGAUAUAAUAUAAAGAGUUCUCUUUUAGAUGGAUGUCCAUGGCAGAAUCCGAGAAGUUCUUGCUGAGACUAUACGUGAAGAAUUAGCGCCCGAGCAUCAACAGUUAUCUGCAGAAGAUCUGAUGAAGGCUUUAAGACGACGGGGAAUCAUUGAUGAUGUUAUGAAAGAACUUACAUUUGUAACUGAUGUGAAUGACAGAGAGAUGGCUUCAACUCCAAAACCGGCUACACAUUUUAUUGACAGACAACCCCCAAUACUGCAAAAAACUAACAUUGACCCAACACGGAGGUAUCUUUACCUUCAGGUUUUGGGUGGAAAAGCUUUUCUGGAACAUCUGCAAGAACCUGAACCUUUACCUGGUCAAAUUUGUUCUACUUUCACUCUGUGUUUGCACUUUCGAAACCAACGUUUUCGCUCUAAACCUGUCCCAUGUUCCUGUGAACCAGAUUUUCAUGAUGGUUUUUUACUUGAAGUACACAAGGAUAACCUAGGUGAUGGAAGUAAGAUAGUGGAUGCAACUGCUAUGUUAUCAAUAUGUGAUCCAGUGCAUCUGGUUCUGAUCAAAACUGACAUGUUUGGUGAGACCACAUUAGUGGCAUCCUAUUUCUUGGAAUGGCGAUCUGUCCUUGGUGCAGAGAACAGAGUAACAAAUGUUGCUGUAGAACUUCUGGGUGUAGGUACAGAAUCAAAGGUUUCUGUUGGAGUCCUAAAUAUCCGACUUGAGAUGUACCCACAACUAAAUACGACAUUGUCCCAAGAAAUAGUUAAUACUCAACUUGCCUUAGAACGCCAGAAAACAGCAGAAAAAGAACGUUUGUUUCUCGUGUAUGCUAAGCAGUGGUGGAGAGAAUACUUGCAGAUCAGGCCUUCACAUAACACCAGGCUAGUAAAGAUUUUUGCACAGGAUGAAAAUGGGAUCAACCGUCCAGUAUGUUCAUAUGUCAGACCACUUCGAGCAGGCCGGUUGCUGGACACACCCAGGCAAGCUGCAAGAUUUGUUAACGUCCUUGGUUAUGAAAGAGCUCCAGUCAUUGGAGGAGGUGGUGGUAAACAAGAACAAUGGUGCACCCUUCUGGCUUUUCUGUGUAGAAACAAGGGUGACUGUGAAGAUCAUGCCACCCUUCUGUGCAGCCUUCUCCUUGGAUAUGGAUUGGAAGCCUUUGUUUGUGUAGGAACGAAAGCAAAAGGGGUCCCUCACACAUGGGUAAUGACUUGUGGUACUGAUGGAACCAUCACUUUUUGGGAGAGUUUAACAGGACAUAGAUAUAUCCACAAUCCUAUCAAUCCUGAUGACCCUCCACUUGUUGAACAACCAAAGCCAAUGUACCCUUAUCGUACAGUAGGAUGUGUCUUCAAUCAUCAGAAGUUCUUUGGGAAUUGCCAGCCCUCCGAUGCAGUGGAAGUCUGUGUGUUUGACUUGCAUGAUGAAUCUAAAUGGAAACCAAUGAGUGGAGAAGCAAUCAAAUCUGUGUGUUCUCCAGGGGCCACAACUUCACUGCCUCCUUUUCCUCCCCUUUGUGCCUCUGCAAUAGAUGCUUCGGUAAUAAGCAACGAGAUAGAAUUACAGCUGAGAAUACUGGUGUCUGAACAUAGGAAGGAUCUGGGCCUUACUACAGUUUGGGAUGACCAGCUAUCUUAUCUCUUGUCACCAGCCUUGGCGGCCUAUGAGCUUGAACGUACAACGAGUGUCUCUGCAGGGAACGAAGAAUUUCAAGAUGCUAUAAGAAGAGCAGUACCUGAUGGUCACACAUUUAAAGGAUUCCCUAUCCAUUUUGUUUACAGAAAUGCAAGGAGAGCAUUUGCUACGUGCCUUCGGUCUUCUUUCUGUGAAGAAAUAAUCUGUUGUAGAGGAGACCAAGUGCGGCUUGCAGUUCGUGUGAGAGUGUUUACAUACCCUGAAUCAGCAUGUGCUGUUUGGAUCAUGUUUGCUUGUAAAUACCGCUCUGUACUUUAAAGAAAAAUCAUGUAUGUGCACUGUUUCAAGGCUCUACGAAAUAUAAGUGCUGGUACAAAGGAACAUUAUUAUUAAAAAUCACAUUAAUUACAACAUUCAGUGUGUCACUUUGGGUAAGCACCACUCCAAUGAUGGUUGUGAAUAUUUAAUGUGUGUAUUUAAAACAAAAUUAAGGCAGAAAAAUGUUUGUAUAUACCAUAAUGAGUGUAUUUAUAUAUGAGGUAUAUUUUUAUUUUAAU